GAGGCGGAGGGGCGGCGUCGCUGCCUCGGCCUGUGCCGCCGCCCGUCCAGGCCCCGCCUCGUGCAUCUCCGUCCGCCUCCUCCGGUGGAGCCUCGUUCGCCGCCUUGCUCGAGCCCCCGCCGCCGUCGAGGAGGAAGAGGGGGAGGAGGGCCAGCAGCAGUAGCAGCCCCGGCCAUUGUCUCUCUCGCUCCUUCGCCGCCGCAUCGCCUCCGCCCGCCGGCGAGCUGAGAAUUCUACGAUGCGCACUCCAGACUGAAGUCAAACGGGUUCGGAGGGGCCGUCAAGGAAAGGAAGGAACCAGCACCUGACUUGGGCGGAUACGGACAGGUUAUUGGCCUGGGGGAGGCUGUAUUCGGGGACCUCGGCUGCGCUCCUUCUGGGAGGAAUUCUGCCCGCUCCGUCCCUGAGAGGAUGAUGAUGCUGUGAGUGGGUCUGCUUCAGGGUUGCCUGGCUCUUGGGGCGGGGGGGACAGGGGAGUCCAAGGGGCCUUCGGGGACUCCUCUCUUGGGGCCUGUGGAUCUUGGUGCUUCUCUGCGCAAGAGCCCCUGUGGCUCUGUGAAGAGGAACCCUCCGCUUCCCUGGAUCUUGGCCACUUCUGCUCAGCCCACCCGCCCAACCUCAUGCGGAUCUGAAGGUCUCCAGAAGGAGGCGCCAUUGGCCUCACAGGAAGAGACUGGGGCUGCCAUGGAGAAGCCGCUGCGUCUGCGUCUGCUGUUGCCGCCCUUGGCGUUGCUGGUAGCUUUGGCACUUGGCCCGGGGGUAGGCGGAGCUGCCUUGGAGUUUGGGGGGGCGACAGGCCAGUGGGCCCGCUAUGCCCGGUGGGACGCCAGCUCCUCGGGGGAGUUGAGCUUCAGCCUCAAGACCAACGUGUCCCGCGCGCUGGUUCUGUACCUGGAUGACGGUGGGAACUGCGACUUCCUGGAGCUGCUGAUCCUGGAGGGGCGCUUCCGCCUGCGCUUUACCAUCUCCUGCGCCGAGCCUGCCAGCCUGCACCUGGAGACCCCUGUCAACGACGACCGCUGGCACAUGCUGCUCUUGACACGCAACUACCGGGAGACCAUGUUGGUGGUGGAUGGCGAGGCCCGCAUGGCGGAGGUCAAGUCCAAGCGACGCGACAUGACAGUGGAGAGCGACCUCUUUGUGGGGGGCAUCCCGCCAGACGUCCGCCUCUCGGCCCUCACCCUCAGCACCGUCAAGUAUGAGAUGCCUUUCCGUGGCAUGGUGGCCAACCUCAAGGUGGGGGACACUCCCCCCGCCCUCCUGGGCAGCCAGGGCAUACGCAGCGACAUGGAGUACCUGUGUGCCAAGCAGAACCCCUGUGUCAACGGCGGGAUCUGCACCGUGGUCAACAGCGAGGUGCAAUGCGACUGCAGCCUCACCGGCUUCCAGGGCAAGUUUUGCAGCGAAGAAGAGCUCACGAUGGAAGGGCCUCUACUGUACUCGGAAGGGGGGGCAGGCAGAGGAGCCAGUGAGGUGCACCAGACAUCAAAAGGGAAGGAAGAGUUUGUGGCGACGUUCAAGGGGAAUGAAUUCUUCUGCUACGACCUGUCACACAACCCCAUCCAGAGCAGCACCGAUGAGAUCACCCUCUCCUUCCGCACCCUGCAACGCAACGGCCUGAUGCUCCACACUGGCAAGUCGGCGGACUACGUCAACCUGUCGCUCAAGAGUGGCGCCGUCUGGCUGGUCAUCAACCUUGGCUCGGGGGCAUUUGAAGCGCUGGUGGAGCCCGUCAACGGCAAGUUCAACGACAACAACUGGCACGACAUCCGCGUGACCAGGAACCUGCGCCAGCACGCAGGAAUUGGACACGCUAUGGUAAACAAACUGCAUUACCUGGUAGAUAUCAGUCUAAUUGUCUAA